UGUAAUGCACCAUCUGUUUCCAAAAAGUGCCACGAUUUGGAGCGAUACACAUUCGCAUUUCGUCGUUCAAUUCUACUCCAGGAAGAAACCAUACAUCCGCCAUGGCAUUACGCUCAACAAUCCAGCCAUCGUCGUGUUAAGAAGAUGUCCUUGACUUUCUAGACUUUGAACAAGACCAAUCUGCAGAAAUGGAAGACGUCUUAAACACCCUCAUCAAAGAGGCAAGUGCUGGCAAGCAUAAGGCCAUACGUGAGGCUUGCACCCAGGCUAAAGAUGCCUUGGAGUCUGAAGGCGCCACACCUUCUCUGGCCCCCUGUGAGUUACGGGAGACUUGCCUGCUGCCUCUCAGGCUAGCCCUGGAAGCCAAGAGCAACAAGCUAGCUGCACAUGCAGUGGCUGGAUUACAGAAGCUGAUCGCAGACGCCCGCUUCCAGUCAGACCCUUCCAAGGAUGAUGAGGAGCAUAGGCUUCCCUUACAAGUCCUACAGACGGUUGCGUCAUCUCCCCAGCUCAAUGAAGAAAUACAAGUUGAAGUCAUGAAGGUUCUUCUGACAGUGACAUGCUCCGCCUCCUGCUCAGUCAGUUCCCUGUCAAUCAUCAAGGUGUCAGAGUUUUGCCUAACGUCGCAUAACCUGGGCAAGCAGGAUAUACACAGGGCCUGCCAAAUCACGCUCCUCCAGAUAGUCAGUAUCCUGGCCCAGAACGCAACGCUACAGUUGAAACAGAAUGGCCCCAAGUCUUUGCGACAGCUGUGCAUGGAGUGUUUUCAGCAAGGACCGCAUGCCGGGGUCCGUGCAAUAUCCACCCUCGCUAUGAAACAGACGGUUGGGUCGUUCAGCCGCUUGCACUGGGAGGAAGAGUCACAAAAUGACCAAGAAUCAACGCAGCAGGAUACAGGGACAGAAAGUGCAGAAAACAACAACAUUCCCGGUUCGACGCUAGACCCCCACGAAGCCUUUGUUCAAGUCCUCCAGUAUUUCUGCUCCAAGCUGAACGAGUCACAAAGACUCUCACAAGGUCACCAUAGCAACCAGAAUCAGCCACUCCUGACGCUGCAGUUAGAAGCAGUCCUAGCCAUGCUGAGUAACGCCGGCCCUGAGCUUAGCCAAAGCCCUAUACUUGUCAAAGCCGUCUGGCAGCAGCUGUGCCCUUGCCUCAUCGCCAUCCUUGGCAUCCCCCGAGACGAAAAGUCCAUCGUCUCCUCCCAUCACCCCGUCCCUCCCACAACCUCCUCCUCCCCUGAGCUAAGCCACGCCCCUCACGCGGGUCUCCAAGAUCAAGGGCGUGGCUCGGGCGGUUCAGCCACUGCACCAGCGACGGGUAACUCAUCUGCAAGGAUCGUCUACAGCAUCGCAACGGAGCUGGUGCGACUCGUCGGGAGUCUGGAGUCCAUGCGGCCGGUUCUGGGCUCGCUGUUUCAUAGAAUGCUGCUGUACCCUCCCCCGGUUCACCGCAAUGAAGCCUUGAAAGUCUUGAAGGAGAUGUUAGGGACACCUGAGCGCGUAUUGGAUUUGGCUGGCCCUGCAAUCAUAGAUCAAGAAUCUGAGAAAAGCACCAGUGGGAAGAUGGGGAACAAGACCAGGAGCACCGACAUGGACCUGCUGAAAUUGUUAAUGGACGGCAUUUCGGGCGCCACCCAGUCCCGCGACAGUGCGGUCUGCCUGUCCAGCGUGGCCUGCGUGGGGGCGCUCUUGUCCUCGCUGGAUGAGAUCAGCCAGGGCAAAGGGCUGAACGAGAAACAGGUUCAGCUGAUUCUGAGCCGGGCCAAGGAAGAACAGAGACAGAACGGCAAUGUGGACACAAAAGACCCCCUCUUGCUACAGGCAGAGAAACUGGAAGAUUUACCCAAACCUGAGCUAGUCAUUCUAGGCAGCCACGAACCAAGGAAGACAGAGAAUGGAGAAGUUGGAAGAACAGAGGACGAAGAAGAAAGAGAAGUUGAAAGAGAAGCAAGUGGUGAUGAGAAGAUGGAGGAUGGAGCUGUUGCUAGGGAGGAUGAAGCUGCUGCUAGGGAUGAAGAGGCUGUUGUUAGGGAAGAUGAGGCUGUUGCUGGGGAAGAUGAGGCUGUUGCUGGGGAAGAUGACCAUGAUGCGGGAGAUCACAAGGGUCUUGAAGAGGGCGAGGGUGCAAUUGGGCCAGAUCAGGAGGUUGGGAUUACCGCCUCCGAAGAACCGAUAGAGGAGGAGGUGCAUAUCGCCGACUUGGGUCGCCCAGGCAACUCGGACCGGAUUGAUACAGUGCAAGAUCCACAGGAGGUUAAGGAUAGAGGAUUGAAGGAAGUUGAGGGUGAAGGUGAUGAUGAGGACAUCCCUGGAAGAGAAGACACUAAGGAAGGAGUGGCAGCGGAGGAGUGCGUUGAUGAAACCAACCAGGAGCCUGAACACAAGAUGGGUGCAGAGGAGGAUAUCGAAUCCAAGAUGGCCGCCUUAGCAACGGAUGCCAUCCACGUCCUCACCUACAACCAAGACCAGGAGGCCAGCGACGCAGAGGACCAAUCCUCGGCCUCCCCUCCAUCAUCGACUUCUUCCUCAUCCCCGCUUCUUUCCCCGGAGAAGAUCCUUUCGGAUCGGCUUCUGACGGAGCAGCAAGAGCAAAAGAGAGCGGAGCUGGAGCGUCUUGCCCAGCAGAAUCUGGAGAGGGAGAAGCAAGGGGCGAGAGAUUUUGCCGAGGCGUUGGUGGCGCUCUUGCCUACCAUCAUACCGAUGAUGGAUGAAGUAGAAGUGGAUGAAGUUCUACAGAAAUUUGCAUCAACAUUUGUUGCAGGGCAUUCUUUCCGCAAACACAACACGGACAAGAGUUCUGAUGACGCAGUGACGUUAGACCUGGCCCCAGUUAUCAACGCAGAUGGCAUCUACGUGGCCACGUACUUAGGCCUGCUGCUUAAUCUGAAACUGAUCCGCAGCGGGCAUUAUCAGGAUCCUGGCCAGCUGCCUCAGACCAAAAAUCAGUUCAUAGAGAGUGUCCAUGACUGCGGUAUAUUGGUCUACCUCUCAUCCACCUGGCUAGGGGAGCUGUACCAGACACUGAUUGCCAGGGAUCUACUAGGAGAAGCAGGCUACAAAGCACAGUCCUUCCACUGCAAUAAAGCUCUCAUCUCACUCCUUACUGAUAUUGAUGGGCUAGGCAGUCAGGAGCUAGGAGGUCACAUGCUACACGAUGCGCCAUCCCAUAAUCAGAAACUGCUGUCCAUUAUCACCAAGAGCACAACACAAGCCAGCGAAGCAGGUAUGGCCUUCACCCAGGACAUCCUCCUGACUCUCUGGAAGCAGCUUCUCUCGGUCCUAGCCGUACCCUUAUCCAUGCGUAGCCUGUCGGGCAUCGGCAGCAUCGCGCUCAUGCUGGGCACGGAUGGCGCCAAGGAACAGAACAUCCGAGACCGCGACGCCAUCUGCCUGAGCCUGGAGGCAUUGCGUAAGGCGGCCGCACUCAGUUGCACCCUGGGCUUGCAGGCGCGCUGCGCAGACCUCUUCUCCCAGAUCGCCAACACUUCUUGCAUGAGCGACGACCCCUCCCUCCGUGCCCAGCAAGCUUCCGGGGGAGGCGGGGCCGGCGACGCCUCAUCCGUGGGCGGGAAGAUGUCCCUCAGAGGGCGCUCUUCGAAGGGGCAGGGGAUACGGCUGCACGCGGCCCACGUGUUGAGUCUGGACGCCAUACUGUCCAUGGGGCUAGAGAUGGGCAGCCACGCUGGCGAGUGCUGGCAGCAUAUCUUCAGGUGUUGUGCCUACGUGUCCCAACUGGAGCACUGCCACUUCAGCAGCAGCAACCAACCCUCCAUCGCCCUGCCCAAGGUCACCGACGCGCCCCAGAACCUCCCCACGGCCUCCCCCGAUGAGCUGGACCUGUCCAUGCCUUCCUACGUGCCGGUCCAGCCCACGACCCCCGUGGCACCGACCUUUGACGUCUCAGAGGUCAUCAACAAGGAGAUGGCGAAGGAUAUCGGGUUCGAGGUCGGGUCGGCGCGGGGCGGGUUGCUGAACGCGACAACAGCGGCCAAGGUGGUGUGCGGGCUGUCGUCAGAGGUGGAUAGGUUUUUUGAUGAGGCGGCCAACAACUUAAACCUGGGUGCCUUGCUGGCCUUCCUACGGGAACUACGAACUGCGUCAAGACACCAGCUGUACCAGAGCACUCCCCAUCAAACAGAAAAGAGUGUCAUAGCCCCGACGUCCCCCAGUAAAUCCCUGAAUAUCGCUGGGCAGGCUAGCACCUCACUCCUGCUCUUCCGCAUGGGUGACGUCAUCUUGAAAUGCGCCCGUCAUCGCAGCAGACCCCUGCUGCACCUCAUGCAGGCUUGGAGUGUGGUGGCACCACACCUAGUGGAGGCGGCCUGCCACAGGGACCGUCACGUCUCCAAGCAAGCCAUCACAGCCAUCCAUGAUGUCCUGACGGAGCUCCUCUAUGCCAAGACUGAGCAUCCGCACUUCAACUUCCACGAGGCCCUCCUCAAGCCCUUCGAGAGCUUACUGUGCCUGGAGCUGUGUGACGAAGAUGUUCAGGAUCAGGUCGUGUCUUCCAUUUGCGAGGUCGUCGAGGCCUCCUUCGCCAACAUCAAGUCUGGCUGGCGCCCUCUAUUCGGCGCCCUGCGCGCCGUCCGCGUCACUUACAAGCAGCAGUUGACGAACCCGGAGCAGGAGACGACUGACAGGACGGAGCAUCCCCUCGCGCCCCUCUUCAACGUCUUUGAAGCCUUCUUGAAUACCGACAACGUGACCGUGUUUGCCAACGCUGCGGUGGACUGCAUACUGUGCCUGCUCAAAUUUCUCAGGGGUUCUGGAUAUUCCAGCACUUCACAGACCUCGACCCCAAACUCCUCCCUGCCCCCCUCCCCGGAGCGACAACCCAAGACCCUGGACCUGUGCUUCCCGGCUCUCAACUAUCUCCACCGCUGCCACAAGAUCCUGGCCUCCAUCUACACCAUGCCGGCCUGCCCGAUCUUCCGCGGGGCCCAGUCCAUCAAGCUCGGGUCGCCGGAGGGUGCUCCCAAUGACCCCGCGACACCGACCUUCCCCGGAAUGGGCGGAGCUGGAGGCGGAGUCAUGGGUGGGGCUAGAGUUGGGGGUGGAGUUGGGAGCGGAGUUGGGAGCAGACCUGGGAGUGGAGUCAUGGGUGGAACUGGGCUUGGAGUCGUGGGUGGGGCUAGAGUUGGGGGAGGAGUUGGGGGAGGAGUUGGGGGAGGAGUCGGGGGCGGAGCCAGCCAGCAGCGUUUCCGUAGAGCCAGCAGCAAAGAGGAGGAGUACCUGUUUGAGCCGGUCACUGCGGAGCAGGUUGAUGACGUGACAGGUCUCAGUCGGGUCUGGUUCCUGCUGCUUGAAGGGCUGACCGGUGCAGUGUCCACCUGCCCUCGGGGGUACCAGCCUCAAACCCUGGAGCUGCUGUUUGAACUACUACGGUCUGUUCUUUCGGUCCCAGGUCCCCAGUUUGCCGUGUUUGCCGUCUCUGAGCUCCUCCUUCCCAUGCUGCAUUCCUGGGUCCAGCGCAGCCGCCAGUUCGCCUCCCUCUGGGAAGCCACGGUGGCCAACUUCAAGCACGCCUGCGGACUCUCCACGGACCUCGUGGUGGAGUACGUGGUGCACUUUGUCAGGAUGGACAUGCCCAUGACGGGGCUGUACCUCAUGGUGCGGCAGAUGCUAGACGUGCUGAUUGAGUGCAUAGGGCAGCCCAACGAGUCCGUCUCCAGACUAGGCUGCUCAUGCAUCAGGCAUCUCUUGCUCAGCGCUGGCCCGUCCUUCACCCACGACAUGUGGACCGUAGCCUGCCUAGCCAUGCAGCGAGCCAUAGCCAUGAGCCUGCGCAACCUGAAGCUCCUGAUGUCGUGCUUCCAUCCGGGCUCCGAUGACUUCAUGGGGGACGUCUGUCAGGUCAAGGUAGCCGCUCGGAAGGACGUCAGCGAACUGGAGUACCUCCGACUGCAGCAGCUGGCACAGCAGGUAUUUCUUCUGGAGUCGCAGCGAACUGGAAUGGUUGAUGUGGACAGCGACUCCAAUCGGUCCUUCAUUUUUAUCAUCUAUCCGCCUGAGAUGGACCUGAACACAAGCAUAGAUCAAAUCAAGAGCAGGGUAUCAUUCAGGGGUGUUGUCCUGGGUCUCCUUGCCCAUCAGCUUCUCAUCCAGACCCUGGGGACGAUCUUCCUCUACGGAGCCGAGAACCAAACCACGAGAGAGCAGAACAUGAUUGCCAUGCCCAGCGGCGUCCCCAAUCAACGGACAAGCCAAGGAGGGCAUGACCUUGACCCAGACCUCAGUGACACCUCCCUGCCUGGACUACUGGCCUACCUCUCCCCGAAGAAUCUGGGUCUCCUGCUGGAGUGCUUCGUCCAGUCUUAUCAGACGGCCUGCGACUUCAACACCCGGCCGGGGCUGAAGUUUCUCCUUCAGAAGGUUGCCAAGUUCGAGGUGGCGGUUAAUCUGUACUGGCAGGCAGGGGUCAGCUUCACCUUCUACCUCCACACGCUGUUGGAGCUCUGCAACCAUGCUAACGGGGAAAGGCUGACUCUGGAUCGCGUCAAGGAGCUCGUGAAGCAGCACGUUACGGCAGAUGGCCGGCCACUCUCUCCCAAAGUCAGCUCACCGAAGCCGAUUGUGAAGAGGGUCAGCUUCGAGUGCCCAGUUACUGAGAAUGGUCAAGUCCACGACGGCCUGAAAAGAGAGAGAUCCGAUACUGAAAACAGCCACUCCAGCACCGCCAGCAGGGACAGCAACGUUCAGCUGCAGUGCGAUCUGACCUUCUACCCUACCGGCAAUUCCUCGAGCCCUGAUUGGAUCGUCCGUCGCCUCCACGGCAUCUGCAACGACAUCUGCGCAUCCUACAUCCAGAUGUACUUGGAUCUCAACGGCGGCCAGACGGACGUCAGCCGCGUCAACGACCAGCCGCUGUUCUUCCUUGUGGCUCCCAAAUCUCCUGAGGUGCCAUCGAAGCCUAGUGAGUUCUUCGGCUUUGACGAGGGGGAAGAUGACAAUGAGGAAGAAGGUGAAAGUGAGGAAGGGGAGGCAGGGAAGACACCAAGUCCAAAGGAGAAGAGCCCCAAGUUUGCUUCUCACUGGACUCCAAAGAUCAAGGGUCUGGAUUCUCAGGAAGAGAGCGUCGUUGAUGUUAUGGAGGAGCAACACAAGAAACCAGCUUCCAAGAAGAAGACGGAGAGCGUCUACACUGUGGCGUCCCGCAAGACCAUCAAGAGCCUGAUGCAGGAGUACAAGAAGCGGAAGACGCAGCACUCCCGCUCGGUCUUCGUCAAGAAGCCCACCUACAAGGAGCUGAAGUACACCCGCAUGUUGGAGCGGCGGGACGCCGGGUUAGCGCCCCACGCCACGGCCGAGGUGCGAGCGCGACACCAGCAGAUCAAGGACGAGCAGAAGACGUCCAUCACGCGGGACAACGAGGCCGAGAUCAACACCUGGAGCGACAUGGUGCACACCAUGCUGCAGCUCCUGCAGCUCCUGCCAGACUCCCACUUCCAGGCGCUGCUGCCUGCUGUCUUCCCUGGAGUCAAUCAACUGAUCAGGCACGUCACGGACGACAGGGUCAGGCAAGCCGUCACGGAAUUCAUGGACAGGGUGGCACACCUCUACCAAAUUAUCUGAAAUUGACACUGCCCCUUUAACUUUCUCCCUUAACAUCACUAUCAGCUAAUCAUGAAAUCAUAUCAAAGUUUUUAAAGGGCCAGCACCUUAAUUAAGAAUACUUGAUUUUAUUUGGUUGGAUUUCUAGUUUUGCCAAGUUCUCUGUAAUAGUUUAGUUGUAAGCAGAAGCACUUUACAUAAUUUUUAUGAAGUCUUUAUUUAGUUACUUCAGCUCAAAAUCUGUAUUUUUCAUUGCGUGAACACAUGCCUUCAUUUUCUACAAUACAGAACUGUGAAAGUGUAUUAUAAGUAGCCAAUCAGAAUGCACCUGAAUCGGUCACCUGUUAGAAAAGCAACCAAUCAUAUGUCUAGAAAAGUAUUUAUUUGUAAUUUAUUUAACAGCUUGUAGUUACCAGUCACAUGUCUUGUAUUUUAGGUUGACGUCUAUUUAUGUACCCUAAAUCAUAGAUUUAAAAUAUGAGAAUUUAUUUGCAUGCUCUUGUGUAUUCAUUUUGCGUGGUUAGCUCACUGCUUUUGCUAUUUUCAGGGUUCUUUUUAAAUCUUUUAUUUUCCUAACAAUAGAUAGCAUAUUGUUCAUAUUUCUCACUCCACUUUAAAUUAGUUAUUUAUUUAGAAAGCACACAUUAUCUUGUAUUAUUUAGUUUCAUAGAAUAUUUAUGUUUUUAGAUUUAUUUUGUUAUUAGGAUCUUAUUAGGAUUCCUUGAAUGAAGAUGUUUUGUAUGUAGUUUCACCUUGUCAAUGGAAAUUACUGUUUACAUGGAGGGUAAGAGUAGUCUAUGGAAUAGCCCCUUGCACAUCAAGGGUCUAUGACAUGCGAGCAGAUUUGGCGAUUAAUUAUGCAAAACAAGACUGCGUCUUGGUCUCAAGAUUCUGAUCUUUCAGCAGGCGCCUUCUAUCGGGUCUUCGGUAACCCGCUGUUGUGUUUAAUACAAAAACAGGUCAGCCAAAUUGACAUAUCUCGGUAGAAUCACGUUAGAAUCCCGUCAACACAGUUUGUGUAAUAUUGUCCAAAUACACGAUAAACAAACGGACGCAGAACGCGCAACAUCGGAGACAAACAAAACUUGGCGUACACAAAUUCUACAGGGUUGUCUAAGGGGCGUGGCUAACUCGCAAACGGCAACAGGUCCAUUGACCAAUCAGCUUAGUCCACAUUUCUGAUCGAAAUGACGUCACAGUCUCUAAAGACGGCUCCGAUUGGCCAGCGCACGGGUCGCAUGCAUUCUAUCGGGUCUUCAGUAACCCGUUGCUGUGUUUAAUACAAAAACAGGUCAGCCAAAAAGACGUCACAGUUUCUAACGACAACUCUGAUUGGCUAGCGGAUGAUACUCGGACUAAAGUUAAGCGGUGCUUCCAUUUAAUUCACCCAGAGGUAUCCGUGACUGAAAUCUACUAACCACUAUGCCAACUUUUUCACCUUGGGUUCUUGUUAAUCAUUAUUCUUGAGCAACUGAAUUCGUAAGCCAGUGGAUUACCUAGCCUGUAUAACUACCUAGCCACUGUGGCUACCUAGCCAUUGUAGUUACCUAGCCAUACCUUAAUCACAUGGCUACAACUGGAAAUAACACACGAAUCUAUGGGAGGUGUCUGCAGCCGCUAGCCGGUGGCUUCAAUAUUUGAGCGUGUUAUUCCGGGCGUGGUCAAGUGAUUCGAACAUGGCCUUCCACCUAAGCCAUAGACCAUUAUCAUGUUGCGGCCAUCUUGAUUUUUUCCCCAUUCAAAUCAGCGUAACCAAAGCGAGGCUGGA